AAAACUUUAUAAAAAAUUCAUAUGUGAGGGAGUUGGUAUUUUUCUCGCAUUCAUAAUUACACAGUUCCUUAUUCCAAAAAUAAAUAAAAAAUUUCACAGCUACAACCAAAUAAAAUAAAAUAUUAGUCAUGUGAGGAGGAGGAGAUAAACGACAAACGCACCGGUAACAAACUUGUGAAAUAGCGCGCUGAGUAUAAAACGCGGUUCCCUCCAUACAUUUUCAGUUUGAAUUGAGAUUGCAACAAUGGCAGAAGAAUUACCAAGUGGAACGGAAAUGGUAGCAACACACACAAUCUCCUCAAAGAAACGACCACUCAAGAACGAUAAGCUUUGCCUUGACGAUUACAUUCAUCUCCUUCACUCUCGUCACGCCAUUGAUCUCACCAUGAAUCAACUCAAUCAGGUCAUCCGUAUUCACGGCUUCAAGAAAAUUCACCAUGCUCCAAAGAAAGUGUUGAUGGAUGCUGUGGACACGCUAGAUCUGCUUGAUCUGCCACGAUCGACGCUCUCCGAGAGUGUUUCUGCGUUUGCUGAUUUGACUGUGGAGGAGGCAAUUGCAGAUCUCGCUGAUCUCAACUGGCAAGAGUGUUGUGUCACCUCUAUCCAGAAAUUCGGCCGCUGCAAUGAUCAGAGACUGUGUCCUGCUUCCUCUGAUCAGAAUCUUGGAGUUGUGAAUCACUCGCGGUCGCAAAGCUACAAUCACCAGACUAUAAGAGAUGAAACCGGUGGUAUUAUCCCUGAAACUUUAAAACGUAGGCCAGAAGUUAUGAAAAUGAUGCCAAGGCGAAAGAGGAGCGAUAUUCAUGCUCUUCACUCUUCCACUUCAAUUGUGGAUUCUGCUUCCCUCGCUUCAUGCUGAAAAAAUGACUAUCAUUCUUUUGUUUUUCUCUCUUAUAGUUAUAGUCUCUUUUAACCAAUGUUAGAAUUGGAUUAUGAAGAUGUAAAGAGAGAGUGAAUCUAAUGCUUCAUAGUAUAUCAGUACUAUACAUGUUUGGUGAGUUAGAGAAUCAGGAUAUUAUUCCCCAGGAUUUACCUUAUUAGAAUUAAAUGCCUAGUGAUUUUACUGUGAAUCCUUUCACUAAGAUGAUAAAUAUAAGGAUUGUUCUGA